UUAGCUCCUGUACAUCUGUUGUUAAUAAAACAGUUUCUCUGAAAGAAAUGUGGGAUUGACUUGAACACACAUCACAGGAGCCUGAGAGGGCGUUGAAUGAGUUUGAACUCAUCACUUUAAGGAAUAGAGAGCUCGCCACAGCUGUGAGAGGUCAGCGUGUGCAACAUGUUCUCCUCCGCUGUCCCGUACAAAAACCAACACUACAGCGAGCUGAAGAGGGAUUGUAUCAGAGACAAGAAGCUGUUCGAGGACCCAGAGUUCCCAGCCAACAAUUCAUCUCUGUUCUUUAGGAAACCACUUCCUGGAUAUGUGGAGUGGAAACGACCCGGGGAGAUAAGCUCUGAUCCACAUCUGUUUGUGGAGGGCAUCAGCGCCCACGACCUGAACCAGGGACUGGUGGGAAACUGCUGGUUUGUUGCUGCUUGCUCCUGUCUGGCUUUGAAACCAAACCUCUGGAAGAAAGUAAUUCCUGACCAUAAGGAUCAAGAGUGGGAUCCUAAACACCCAGAGAAUUAUGCGGGAAUCUUCCACUUUCAGUUCUGGGUGUCUGGAGAGUGGGUGGAUGUUGUGGUGGACGACCGGCUGCCCACAAUCAACGGAGAGCUGAUUUACUGUCACUCCAAAGACAACAACGAGUUCUGGAGCGCUCUGCUGGAGAAGGCCUAUGCCAAACUGUCUGGGUGCUAUGAGUCCCUGGAUGGGGGUAACACGGGAGACGCUGUGGUGGAUUUCAGUGGGGCUGUAGCUGAGGCCAUCGACCUGGAGAAGGAGGCUUUCUAUAAGGACCAAGAAAAACAAGACAAGCUGUUUGAAGAUCUCCUGAAGGUCUACGACCGUGGAGGAAUCAUAAGCUGCUCCAUUAAGGCACAGCCUCAUGAAAUUGAGGCCAGGAUGGCUAACGGGUUGGUGAAAGGUCACGCAUACUCAGUGACUGCAGUGAAGAAGGUGCGUAUAGGUCACGGGCUGCUGGCCUACUUCAAAAACGAGACCAUUCCUCUGAUUCGCAUGAGGAACCCCUGGGGCAAGACGGAGUGGAAAGGAGCCUGGAGUGACAGCUCUGAGGAAUGGUCAAAGGUGGGUGAUAUGGAGAGAGGAAACCUGGGCAUCACAGUAGAAGAUGACGGAGAGUUCUGGAUGUCAUUCACAGACUGGUGCAAGUUCUUCACAGAUGUAGAUGUGUGUCGUCUUAUCAACACCGCACUGCUCAGCAUUCAUAAAACGUGGCACGAGGUUGUUCACUUUGGGAGCUGGACCAAGAAUGCAGAGCCCCUGCUAAACCGCUGCGGCGGCUGUGCUAACCACACACGGACAUUCCUGCAGAACCCGCAGUACUUGUUUGAUGUUACAAAAGAGGAGGAUGAGGUCCUCAUCUCCCUGCAACAGAAGGACAUAAGGAUCAAGCGAAGGGUUGGUAGUGGAGAGAAUUUAAGCAUCGGCUUCGGUGUCUUCAAGGUGGAGCUGAACAGAAAGUACCGCAUGCAUGACGUCCUGACGCAGAAGAUUGUUGCGACGUCCACCUACAUCAACGCCCGCACGGUGUUCAUGAGAAGCAUGCUCCAAAAGGGACGCUACGUCAUCAUCCCCACUACCUUCGCACCUCAGACACUGGGGGACUACAUGAUCCGUGUUUUCACCGAUGUGGACUCAGGAUGCAGGGAGCUGACAGACGAUAAGCCAAAGGUGAAAUGUUGGAGUUCAUUCCUCGGGUAUCCACAAGUUGUGUCUCAUGUCUACGUCCAUGGAGCCGAGGGGCUGCAGGACCAGGAAAGUCCAGGAGGUGCAGACCCCUAUGUGAUCAUAUCCUGCGAGGGCCGCUCAGUACAGUCCACCAUCAAGAAGGACACCCUGCAACCAGAGUUUGCAACUAGCGCCAUCUUCUACAGAAAGAAUCCCAGAAAGCCAAUAACUAUAGAGGUGUGGAACAGUAACAGCGUGAAGGACGAGUUCAUGGGUCAGGUGGUGCUGGCCGGCUCGGUGAAGGACACGAUGGAGCCUCAGAGGCUUCAGCUGAGGAAACAAGGGCGACAGAUGGCUGACGAGAUGCAGGGGAACAUCAGUCUGAGGAUUGUCACGGCAACGCAGCUAACCGCCAUGUAACCUCAUCAAGUGAGUGGGAGGAGUCAGCUGGACGACUUACUACAACGAGCAAACUUUUACACAGAUUAUUGCACAUUGUUGAUUUUUCUUGUAUUAUUUGUUGAGAUGGGAGCAGGGCAUACUUGGACUGAAUGAUUUUUUUUAUUUUUAUGACUUAUAAGUAUUUUAUAUUGACGUUUUAUAAGUUGCUUUUAAAAGAAUCAUUCCUUUUUUUUUUUAUAUUUUACACUCGAUACUGUGAGAGAAAUGGCAAAAACAUGUAAUUCAAGUCUUAACAUUCAUUAUAAUGUCUCUUCAAAAGUCAGAAAAACGUGCUUUCAUCAUGUGUCAUAUGUUUCUCAGUUAUAUAUCUUAUUGGGGUUUUUUCACUCAUGAUAAUUAAAGAAAUGUAUACAUAAUAAAUGAAAAAUCAACCCAUGAAACAUAAA